AUCUUCAGUGGAAUCUGAGUACAUGGCAAUGUUUCAUGCGGCAAAAGAAAUCAUUUGGCUAAGGAGGCUCUUGAAGGAGAUCGGCCAUGAACAGACUUGUGCGACACCUCUGUUCAGUGACAGCAAGGGAGCCAUUGCCAUGGCACGCAAUGCAGUUCUUCAUGGGUUGAACAAGCACAUGAGGAUCAAGUGGCAUUGGCUGCGGAAGGAGGUGAAGCUUGGGACACUGGAUCCGAUCUACGUGAAAACUCAGCAACAGCCAGCCGACUUCCUUACCAAGCGGCUAGCUGAAGAGCCACACUGGCGCUGUGCGAGAAUGGCGGGAAUGUCCUUGAACUAGAGACGGCGAAACAAGCCGACAGUCUGAGGGGGAGUGUGUUGGUGCAUAUUCGUUUGCACGUCAUCCUGUCGUCUGUUCGCAUCAUUUCGUUGCAU